GGGCGGAGCCAUAACAAUGCAGCAGGUAACAUCCGAACCUUUGAGACCCGCAGCCUCGCCAGAAUCAGUUCCAAUCUUCCACGCCUACUCCAGCUCCAUACUAUCUGUAACUGACGAAGAAUUCCUUGAGGCUGUGGUGUGCGGCAAUGUUCCUGAGGUCAGGCGGAUGCUGGAAGAGCUGCCGGACCUCAACGUCAACAGCGUCAACUUCAUGGGUCAGAAUGCCUUGCAGCUGGCCGUAUCCAAUGAGCACUUGGAGGUCACAAAGCUCCUCCUGGAGAGGAAGGAGUUAACAAGGCUGGGGGAUGCGUUAUUGAUAGCUAUCCGUAAAAGUUACCUACGCAUCGUGGAGGCCAUCUUGAGCCACCACGCCUUUGCAGAUGUUGAGAGGUUGACUUCUACGCCCAGUCAGGUGGACAUACACCGUGACCUCUUUGCUUAUGACGAGAAUGGCAGCCUUUUCUCCAGUGACAUCACUCCCAUCAUCCUGGCUUCUCAGUGCAACGACUACGAGAUAGUGCACUUGCUUCUUGACAGGGGGGCUCGGAUAGAGCACCCCCACCACUACCUGUGCCAGUGUACCACCUGCAGUGAGCAGCAUGCUCAGGACUCCUUCAGACACUCGCAGUCCCGCAUCAACGCCUACAAAGGUCUCGCCAGUCCAGCUUACCUGUCGCUGUCCAAUGAAGACCCUGCAAUGGCGGCACUGGAGCUGAGCCACGAGAUGGCGGUCUUGGCCAACACAGAUAUGGAGUUCAAGAACGAUUACAAGAAAAUGUCAGCACAGUGCAAAGACUUCAUGGUGGGCCUCCUGGACAUGUGUCAGAACACCGAGGAGGUGGAGGCCAUGUUACACGGCGACUCGCCUGACGGUGCACAAAACCUCAGCAGGUUAAAACUUGCCAUCAAAUAUGAAGUAAAGAAGUUUGUGGCCCACCCAAACUGUCAGCAGCAGCUCCUCUCCAUCUGGUACCAGAAUGUGUCUGGGCUACGUCAGCAGACAAUGGCAGUGAAGAUCCUCCUGGUUCUCGGAGUCACCAUUGGCUUGCCCCUUCUGGCCUUUGGGUCCUGGAUUGCACCAUCAAGCAAGUUAGGCAAGCUCAUGAGCGGACCUUUUAUAAAGUUUGUGGCCCAUGCUGCCUCCUUUGUGGCAUUCCUGUGCCUGCUGGUCCUGAAUACGUCCGACCGCUUCAACGGGCCGGCACUGCUGCCCAACAUGACCGCCCACGAUCACCCCUCGCAACUGUUCCGCAUGAAGACCACUCCUUUCACCUGGAUGGAGAUCCUCAUCAUGACAUGGGUCCUAGGGAAAAUGUGGAAAGAAUGCAAGGACAUCUGGUCGCAAGACAUCAGGGAAUACAUCUCAGAACCUUGGAACCUUCUUGACUUCAACAUUUUGGCCAUUUUCACCAGCUCCUUCAUUGCUCGACUGAUGGCAUUCUGGCACGCGUACGCUGCCCAGUGCUACGUGGACAAGCGGUCUGCUAACCUGUCCAGCGCGUCCUUGCCCUCAGACAUCCAGUACUUUCAACUUGCUCGAGUGAACUGGUUGCCGUCAGAUCCGCAGCUCAUUUCCGAAGGCCUUUAUGCCAUCGCGGUGGUGCUGAGCUUCUCUCGCAUCGCCUACGUUCUGCCCGCCAACGAGAGCUUUGGUCCCUUACAGAUUUCCUUGGGAAGGACGGUGAAGGACAUCUUCAAAUUCCUGGUGAUUUUCAUCACCGUGUUUGUGGCGUUCAUGGUGGGAAUGUUCAACCUGUACUCGUACUACCUCGGAGCGAAGCACAACAACGCCUUCACCACGCUGGAGGAAAGUUUUAAAACUCUCUUCUGGGCCAUCUUCGGCCUGUCGGAGGUGAAGUCUGUGGUGAUCACCAUCGACCACAAGUUCAUUGAGAACAUUGGCUACAUUCUGUACGGGGUCUACAACAUCAUCAUGGUGAUCGUCUUGUUGAACAUGCUCAUCGCCAUGUUCAACAGCUCCUUCCAGGAGAUAGAGGGUGACGCUGACGUGGAGUGGAAGUUUGCCAGAGCCAAGCUGUGGUUCUCCUACUUUCAGCAGGGCAGCUCGCUGCCUGUUCCUUUCAAUCUGCUACCCGGUCUCGGCUUCCUGCGGGGACUGAAAAAAUCUCUCUGGGACGCACCCAGUGGCAAAAUCACAGAAGAGACGCUGGCUGAUGAACUGGAAGGUAGCAAGUUGACUCAACAAGAAGAUUCCAGGAUGGACACGCCUGUUUGUCCAACACGUCAUCAAAGGAUAAUGAAGCGCCUCAUCAAAAGACACAUCUUAAAAGCACAGCGUGAUAAAGAAAACGACGAAGGCAAUGAAGGGGAAGUGAAGGAGAUCAAGCGGGACAUCUCCGGCCUGCGCUUCGAGCUGCUGGAGAUGAGGAAGCAGGAAGUGAAGACCGUGGUGGAGGUCAUCAGACAGUUGGGUGCACUGUGACAAAUUUUCCUGUUAAAUUACAGUACACUAAAAUAUACAGUAUUAUACUGUUAUUUUACAGU